AUGACCGCCAAGAGCUACUCAGGGGAGCAGCUGGCUCGAUACGCAGCUCGUAUUAGUCUGACAUCACCCCUCGAGAGCGCCCAAGACCCCGUUGCGCGCCUCACCGAGCUUGUCCAUCACCAGCUUGUCCAUGUCCCUUUUGAGACGCUGGCUCUCCACUACUCGCCAGACAGACUCAUCUCCCUUGGCACCGCUGCUGUCUUCGAUAGGAUAGUCACCAGGCGGCGCGGGGGCUACUGUCUCGAGAACAACACGUUCUUCGGCCAUGUCCUUCGCAGUCUGGGAUACUCCGUAUACGGCGUCGUGUGCCGUAUCACUAUGGCGACGCGUGGUGUGCAUGACGGCAGUUGGCGGUUAAUCCUUUGGGCUAAGACUGUCGUUGUGCAGAGGUUCGAGCGCGGCGGGGAUGGACAGAUUGACAAGACGCUGCUGCUGAUGCGUCAAGUUGUUCGAGAGUGCGAUGGGAAGGGCAAAGAGCAGCAUGUCAUCGAAAGUCUUCAGAGCGAAGAUGAGAGGAUUGCCGCCUUUGAUUGA